AUGAGCCUUUACAGGGCAAAAGAUUAUAUUUUGGUGAAACUCCAUGAGCUACAGGAGACAUUUGAACAGCGACAGGAAUUCUACGAGUUCGAAGAAGAAAAAUCGCCAGUAAACCUGACCGUAAAUCUUCUCCAAGAAGAUUUUCCAGUCACAGAAGAGACCGAAGUCGAAAUUGCCGGACAUGCCCGACUUUUAUGCGUCGCUGGGAAGGUCAAUAUGUGUUUCAUCGACGAAUUUGUCAUACGAAAACAAUACAGAGCACAAGGAUUAGGAAAGCAUCUGUGGAAAUCGCUGGAAGAAUUUCUCAAGCUCGAAAUCGACCAGGACUUCUGUGGAACUGCAACUAAAGAUGAGACUGCUAGAUCAUUUUUUCAUCACAUGGGAAUGAACAAACUCGAAAAAGGAGAGAAACUCGCCUACAUUGACAUCCACGAAGGAGAAUUGCUCAACAAGCUCAGCGAUUUUUUCUCAGUUGCAAAAGAAGCAAUGGCUCGAAAGAAAGAUGCUGAAAUGCUCUUCUUGACGAAAGAUCUAAUUCAUUUCGAUCUCUGUGGAACGGAUGGAUACAAAGAGAGAAUUCAGCUGAUAAAAGAAGCGCAGGAGAAGCUCGAAGCGGAAAUUAUGGAGAAAGCUGUUGGCUCAAAUUACAAGAAAAUGAGUGCUGAUACAUCAACUCAUGCUGGAAUCGAAAAAAUGGCUGAAAAAUUUGGCGGCGCUUCAAGACGAGCCUCUUCUGUUUCAAAUUUGAGCGAUGCCGAGCUUGAACGAGAAGCUCUUCUCGCUCUCACCAGCAAAGACACUCUUGGAAGAAGAAUGUCAGUCAAAAGUCACAGAAGAGAGUCUCUCAUGAAAGAAUCCAUCGAUGAAUGA